AAAGGCCCAAGUCCCCCAUCAGACCCACAAAAACAAAGGGGAGCAAGGCAUCUUUCUGUUAGCUGGUUAACUUAUAUAAUAAGCAUAUUAAGAACCACAGGUCUGCACACUUUUCAAUACUUGUCUGAUUGGGUGGAAUGAGCCGAAGUUUGUCGAAGCUAAACUGGGAAGAGAAUGAGCCAAAGAGGCCCACUUAAUUUGUGUUCCUGUAGUGAAGUACUGGGACAUUGUAGGCCCUGAUUGAUUUUUCUUUAGUUGCUAAUGACCGUGUUUAUUUCCCUUUCUCCAACCAACUUGUGCCCCAACCCCUUCUUCACGCUCUUUUUAAGCCACCAAUCGUCCCCCCUUUCAACUCCCCCAGCCAUACAGAAUCAACAGAAAUAGCAGUGCUUUCCAGAAGCUAGCCAUGUCGAGUAACCCAAGAACGAGAGGUUCAAGAAGAAUUAGUGAAGAAGAGAUCAAUAAUCUCCUCAAUAAGCUACAAGCAUUACUGCCAAAUUCUAGUUCAAGUUGCAGUACUUCAAGGGUACCACCAUCAAAGAUUCUGAAAGAAACAUGCAGCUACAUCAAGAGGCUGCACACAGAGGUGGACGAUCUCAGUGAAAAGCUCUCUCAACUACUGGCUUCUAUGGACAUCAACACUAUUGAUGAGAACAUUCUUAGAAGUCUGCUGCAACAAUAAACUCUCUCUCUCUCUCUCUCUAUAUAUAUAUAUGUUUAUAUAUAUUAAUAUAAACUUGUGUUGGUUAGAAGUCAUCACCAGACUCACCACACCAGACAAAUAUAAAUAUAUCUUUCUUCACUACUUUGUCCACAGAGUCGCAUCUGAGAUAUAUAUAUAUAUAUAUAUACAUAUAUGAAUUAUGUCCAAUUUGGUGCUUUGUGAUAUGGUAGACACCAAAUGAACAAUUCAGUGCAGUGUUGGUAUUUGUAGGGUCCUCUAAUUGUGUAGCUGACCACAACAUGUUGUCUUGGAUUUCCUAAUCUAAUGUGUUAUUUAACAAUUAAAAUAAUAGUUAAGAGUGUGAUUAAUUUACUUUAAAUAAGAAACUCAAUAAUCUAUACAAAUUUUGUUUCUUGGGGUAGGCAAGGAAUUGAUAAACCAAACUAAUGUUAGGGUGUGGCAAGGAAUUUUACGAUCCACCAAUAUUAUGUAACAGCCCGAGAGAGAGUUUCCCUCUUGCAAUUUUCAACUGACAUAUCUCAUGGAAUCCAUGUUAGAUAUGCACAAUAUCUCUCAGCCAACACUGCUUGUUUUGUCUAAAUGAUUACAGUUCAUAGAUUUUAAAUCCCACUUUUGGAGACAAAGUCCCAAUCAACCUGAAAGCUGUUUUGUCUCUUUGCUAUAUAUCAUCCUUCUUCAUUCUAUUUAGAGCCCCUUUAAGUGCAAGUAUUUUCUGAAAGGAAACACGUUGAAACAU